AUGCUGUUGCCAGAUUUCCUUGGGCGUCUGUUGAAGAGACCCCGUCUGGUGUCUUCUGAGGAGGUCGGGAUCCGUUCAGUGGAGAAGCGGCGUCCUGCCGGUGGGACAAGGACUGUGGGUCCUCAUUUCCCAUCCUCCUGCCACCUCUCCUGCCAGCUAUCCUCAACAUUCAUCAUCAUGUCUCGUCGUCCAAAGUUCCCACGCUUCACACUUGAACAAGACAUUCCUUUACAAGUUGAGGUGCCUGAUACUUUAACAUCAUCGAGUUCUUCUCAGAGUCCUCCUCAGAGUCCUCCGCGGACUCCUACUCAGAGUCCUUUCUCCUGCUCUUCACUGAGCACCUCUCAUGAGGGUGUGGAUGUCCUGCAUACUCCACAGACGCUCUACUCCUCUCCCAGUUCUUCAAGCGUGUUUGAUGAGAACUCCAGCAUCCCAGAAGAGGAAACAAGUGAAAGCACCUCGUCAGGUUCAACAGACGAGAACUCCAGCAUCCUGGAAGAGGAAACAAGUGAAAGCACCUUGUCAGGUUCAACAGACACAGUGUUUUUGCCCAGAGUUCCACUAGAAAAGAAAGCAACAGAAUUGGUCCACUUCCUGCUUUGCAAGUAUCAGAUGAGAGAGCCCAUCACAAAAGCAGACAUUCUGGACACUGUGAUCAAAAAUUACGAGAGUCACUUCACAGUGAUCAUGGAGAAGGCUUCUAAGUGCAUAGAGAUGGUUUUUGGCAUUGAGGUGAAAGAAAUGGACCCUGACAUCCAGUCCUAUGAGUUUGUCAAUUUACUGGAUCUCACCUAUGAUGAAAAUCCGAGUGAUGAGCAGAAACUGCCCAAGAAUGGCCUCUUAAUACUUGUUCUGGGCUUGAUUUUCCUGGAGGACAACUGUGCCUCUGAGGAUAAGAUCUGGGAAUUCCUUAAUACGAUUAAAGUGUUUGCUGAGAAAGACCAUUUCAUCUAUGGGGAUUCCAGGCAGCUCCUCACCAGAGACUGGGUGCAGGAAAAUUACCUGGUUUAUCGACCAGUGCCCAACAGUGAUCCUCCCUGCCAUGAAUUCCUAUGGGGUCCAAGAGCUCAUGCAGAAACCAGCAAGAUGAAAGUUCUUCAAUUUUUUGCCAAGGUCACCGGAAAUGACCUUAGUUCCUUCUCACCCUGGUAUGAAGAGGCUUUGGAAGAUGAAAAAGAGAAACUUCAAGCCAGAAUUGUUCCUGUGGACAAUAGUACUAUAGAUCCUUCACCAACAGACUCUUCUGCCCCCAUCUCGAGUCCUGAGUCGUGA